AUUGGACCUCGCAUCCUUGUCUCCGCAUCGCUGUGGCGCGUCUCUCUCCAAAAACAUUGAUACAAACAGACACAAGGGCUCAAACUCCACUUCAGAAACUCACUUUUACCACUUUGAUUUUUCAUUUUUCUGCGUGUUUUUUCAUCCUUGCGACCAUCAUUCAUCACCCACCAGCACCUCAGCCAUCCAUCCACACUGGUCCAGACAACUUUUACGCACGAGAACACACCGGAGCACGUGACACUUUCCGGAGCUCUUUUUUUUGUUUUGUUUAAUUAAUCUCUUAUUUAUUUGCCUGCGUGGACUGGCUGUAUCUUUGGAACCGCUCAAUAUGAAAUUGCUCUUGGACUCCUCCUCCUCGCUGCUGUUAUCGCUGCUCUUGGCCCACCUGCCCAUCCUCGCGUCCACGUCCCCUGUCCCCCAGCGCAGACCCACCGAAAUGGAUAAACUCUCCAACCAGACCAAAAACCUCAUGAAACUCACCCAAGAACUGCUGAGGGAGCACGCUUUUGACUCAGAUGUGGAGCCGCACAGGUUCAGAUCUCUGCCCGAAAUGAGCAACAGAUCAGCCAACGACUUCACCAACUUGGAGCUGAAGCCGACCCUCUCCCAGCUUCACGCCGACCUGAAGCUGUACGAGCACCACUUCGAAUGGCUCAACAGAGUGUCCAAGAAGCACCACCACCCUGCUCUGCCCAAACUCAUGGAGAUGAUCAGGGAAAUGAAAUCUCUCAUGAACCUGCUGCAUAAACAGAUGCAGAAAGUUGAGGCUCCAAGGCUGACCCCGGCGACCCCGUCUCUGCCCCCUCACCUGCCGUAUCAUUUCGACGUGUUGCAAUCCACCCACGAGCUCCUGCAACACUUUAAACUGUUUUGCGACUGGGCGUACAGAGCCUUCGUCAGUUUAAAACCCAAACUCUCCGCAAAUACCACACAGUCCCAAUGAUGACUCCCUCUCCACUCGUCCAUAGCACAAAGAGUUAAGUGCAGCUAACGGGACUCAGGACUGGCCCAAAUUGUACUGUAUACUGAAGAAUGUCGAAUGGAUGUGCUACACUGUGCUAUCAACUCAAAUGCACCCGAACUACCAGUUUAAUCACAGACCUUGGGGAUCUUAUUUAUGUAUUUAUUUAUUUAUUUAAUGUUUUAAUCUAAUUUAUUUAAUGUUAUUUAUUGCAUAAUAUUGUAUCGUGUCUCUCUUAUUUCUGGAUUAACGUGAAUUUGGAUGCCCACGAUAUUGUUGACAUAUUUACUUUACUUUACGUAGUUUCGAGUUAAUUACAUUUCUAAAAAAAAAAAAUACUUAAUUUUGUUUGUCUUUUCUUAGGCCUAAAUAUGGUCCAGUAGUUGUAGCAAACUCCCAGCUCCUGUAUUUAUAUUUUUAAGACAACAAUUGUAAUAUUUGAUCAGAUUUGAGUUUUAUCCUUUUCCCUGUGCCAUAUCUUUAAUAACCUGAUGAUGCAUUAAUGUGUUUUAUGACUGAGUUGCAUCAUGAUGAAGUGAAAUACUGAACUUUGUGGUAGGUUGUGUGAUGUGGCCCGAUGUUGAGCACUGAUGGACCUGGAUUCUUUGCACAAACUUGUUGAGAUUGGCCUUUGGCUGAUUUUUAACCUGUGCUUUGGGGUAGAAAAAGUAUUUUUAUGAUAAAUAUUAAGUACACCCAAAGCCUUAAAAUACUAUGUAUUGUGACACUGUUCUGUACAUAUAUGUACAUGAGUGUAAAAUUGCAUUCAGUGCUUUGUGUAAUAUGUUAUUUUCUACAGUGUGUUGUAGAAUUCUUAUCACUAUAAUUUUGAUUAUUCUUUCCAAGUAUUUGUUACAGUAUUUGCUAUUUAUUUGAGAACUUUGGUGGAUCUAUUUAUUUUUGACUGCAGUGGAGCGAGUCUCCGAUCCUUUUGUACUUUUAUACAGUUUUUAUUCUUAUUUACUACCAUCCUGUUUAAAUUAUUAUUGUAACAUCAGAUGCCUCUUCCACACACUGAUUGGCCUUAAUGUGAAAUGUGCCUUGCUGAAAUGAAAUAAAUGAAUGUG